UUCAGAAGUUCGUCAUGCAGUUCAAAAAAAACAUGAUUAUAAAGAAGUUUUUAAUCUUGCUCAAAAGGCAGUUAGGUUUGCAGUUGAAAAAGAUAGAGAUUCUUUUUGUUAUCUUAAGAAAAGCCUUAAUAAUUGGUUUGCUGAAGAACAGAAACUUUCCUAUACAAAUAAUGAUGAGAUAAAAAAUUCUAAUCCUGAUUAA